UUCUGCUCUCAGCCCUCCUUUUUCUCUCCUCCCUCACAGUUAGUGGCUUGAAAACUUUUUAAAAGCCCUGUGCAUCAAGUUAGGGUGGAAAAAAAGGGGUUGUGUGUGUCCGUCUCCCCCCUCCCCUUUAACAAGGUCUCAACGUUUUCCUUUCAGGAAAGGGGAGAGGAAGGACACUGCGGGACAAAAGAGCAGGAGACUUUUAAAGUUUAAAUAGGCAGCCUUCGGUGCCUGAACCAGUUGUUGCAUUUGAGUUUUAACCCUCUGAGGAACUGCAGCAUCUGAUUUACCUUCUUCACUGCUGACUAGUAAGGUAGCAGGCAGUGAAGAUGGGUGACUGGAGUGCUCUGGGAAGGCUCCUUGACAAAGUCCAAGCUUACUCAACUGCAGGAGGGAAGGUGUGGCUGUCUGUCCUUUUCAUUUUCAGAAUCUUGCUGCUGGGGACAGCAGUGGAGUCUGCCUGGGGAGAUGAGCAAUCAGCAUUCAGAUGCAACACCCAACAGCCCGGUUGUGAAAAUGUCUGCUACGACAAGUCCUUUCCUAUCUCCCAUGUCCGCUUUUGGGUUCUGCAGUUCAUUUUUGUGUCUGUGCCAACCCUCAUGUAUUUGGCACAUGUGUUCUAUGUGAUGCGGAAAGAAGAGAAGCUAAACAGAAAAGAAGAAGAGCUCAAGGCUGUCCAGAGUGAGGGUGUUAAUGUAGAGAUGCAUCUCAAGCAAAUAGAAAUUAAGAAAUUCAAGUACGGGAUUGAAGAGCACGGCAAGGUCAAAAUGCGUGGGGGACUGCUCCGCACCUACGUUAUCAGCAUCAUCUUCAAAUCUUUCUUUGAGGUCGCUUUUGUGCUGAUCCAGUGGUACAUCUAUGGGUUCACCCUGCAAGCCAUUUACACUUGUGAGCGAGUGCCAUGCCCACAUAAGGUGGACUGCUUCCUCUCACGCCCCACAGAAAAAACCAUCUUCAUUAUCUUCAUGCUGGUGGUGUCUAUUGUCUCUCUCACACUGAACAUCAUUGAAAUUUUUUAUGUCACCUUCAAGAGCAUUAAGGAUCGUAUGAAGACCAAAAGUGAUCCUUUCUCUCCCAACAGUGGCUUGAGUCCCUCCAAGGAAUGUGGAUCUCCCAAGUAUGCCUACUUCAAUGGUUGCUCCUCUCCAACUGCCCCCCUGUCACCCAUGUCUCCACCAGGAUACAAGCUUGUAACUGGAGACAGGAACAAUUCCUCUUCCUGUCGUAACUACAAUAAGCAAGCCAGUGAGCAAAACUGGGCAAAUUACAGUGCUGAACAGAACAGGAUUGGACAGGCUGGGAGCACCAUCUCCAACUCACAUGCCCAGAACUUCGACUUUGCUGAGGAGCCUGAGAACAGCAAAAAGGUGGCUUCUGGCCAUGAGCUACAGCCUCUUGCAGUCGUGGACCAAAGGCCUCCGAGCAGAGCCAGCAGUCGAGCCAGCAGCAGACCUCGACCUGAUGAUCUGGAGAUCUAAGCCCCCAUAGCUGCAGUACUUAACACAACUAGGAUAUGAAAUGCAUUCGAAGAUGCACCGUGGGGUUCACACGGUUCCAUUGGAGGUGGUACUUUAACAAUCUCAGCCAGGAGUUUUUAACAAACAUAAAAAACAGCAAAGUUGGAUUUUUUUUUCUUUUGCGUGGGAAGCUGGGAUGGUGAGGGGAAGUGCAGCACAUGUUGGUAUUUAAAGUAGCUGAUUUAAAAAUUUUAAAUGCUAAUUCUUAAAAAUCUUAGUCAACACUACAGUAGGGGGUUGUUUUAUUUUAGAAAGAUUAUAAGAUGUCUGGAUAUGUGUCUAUAAUAUGCUGAUUUUUCUAAAGAAUUUUGUUUUUGUUAUACUAAAAGCAAAAGAUAAACCGAGAUUUUUUUGUGUGUAUGGUCAGGAUGAAACAGAGAUGGUAUUCUUUGACUGAACAACUGACAGUCUUAAGUCAGCUUUUGAUCAUUUUCCUAUUAAGAACAUUCCAUUGUUGAAUUGUGCACUUUGAAGGAAAAUUUCCUGGUAUGAACUUGUCAGUAUCCAUGCAUUCAUGCAAUAAUUCUCUAUUUCCCUGGAAUCAAUCAACUACAUUUCAGACAAGGCCCUUCCAGUCUGCUUUGAGCAUUUGUUUCCGGUGCUUCAGGUGUGUCUAACUGAAAGUGCAGCUUGUAGCAUCCAUUUCAUUCUAUCCUUAUCCAGAUUCCCUCUACAAUCACCAGAUCCCAUUGAUCACAUAAUGCUUCCGCCAAUAUCCUGCUAUGAAGUGCAAAGCAGGACAAGGAAGCCAUUUUUGUUUCAGGCAGCAAUCUACUGGUGGCAAACCAAUUCACCUUUAUAUCUCACUGAAAUCAAGGGGAUUUGAACAGUGUAGAUGGAAUAGCAGACACCAGUAAUAGCCAGAGUUAGGAAAUAAAUGCUGGGCAUGUUUCCACUAACUUCAGUAGUAUAUGGGUUACAUUCACUCACAUACACCUUUUCAGAGUCUAUUGUAUGAGCUAAUACGCACACAGAGGACCUAUUAAUAUGAACAGUCCCAUUCACUCUGAUAAAGAGGGCAGUUUUACACCCAUAAAAGCAUUAAUGUGAAUGAAUAUUGGCUGUGUAAUGGGGAGCCCUGUGCUUUACCUUACAGCCUCCACAUCACAAGGUUGGGAUAUUUGUACGCCAUUUUUAAAGGCCGCUAUACAUGGUGUGGGGAGGUAUUCAUGAAUACUGAAUUCACACAUGAAUACUAACAUGCUCAAAACAGCAUUUUGGGAUAUUAUGGGUCACUAUGAUGUUUACAUUAAAUGAUUCCAGCAGUGCAAGCAAAUCAGAUUCCAGUUUAAGCUAUUUUAAUCUUAGGUUCAUACAUCCUGUAAUGGAUGCUGUACAAUUUUUACAAAAUAUGAAUACCAUCUUAAGAAUCAAAUCCUGGCGACCUUUGAAAAACUCAGUUUUGAAUACUCAAAUAGACAUUUUACCUGAAUAAGGAUUGUAAGACACCAAAAGUUGCAUGCUUCUACAAUUAUGGAUUGUUUUCUGUCAUACAACAUUAAAGAAAGAAGGAACCUGCAAGGUUAUCUAGUCCAUUCCUCUGGCUUGUUAUAACUUAUGCUUGAAUAAUGGAGAUGGUAGUUCUGGGGCUGGGUGGAGGUGGGGAGGGGGGAGUGUGAGCCUGCCAAUAAUGUGAUAGAGUUGGGGACAGUUUUUACAGAUCCAAGUAUGUCAUGUAGUAACUGCAGUUAUCACAUGAUCGCUUGAGGAUAAGAAAUGGACAUCAGAGAUCGCAGCGUGAAUAGAACAAAGGAGUCACUUAAUGCAACCUCAGUGGAUUAUGUGAAUGGACCCUUACACAAACUGCUUUGAGCUGUACCAAUAAUAUAAGCCUACACUGGUUUUACAGCAACAAUAGUGUUUUGGUUAUUGUUCACUUGCAAAUCAGCUCAGCUGUAACAUGUUGGUUCAGUUUUAGUCAUUCAUUCCUUCUCAGUGACAAUUUUGAUAUUUGCACAUAAAUUGUUGUUGGGUGCAGGUGAAGCUGAAAGAGUACAAGUCUAAUUUAUUUGAAAUAUAUGCUAAAGAAAUGUACCAGUUUUUAUUGUCUUUCUCAACCACAGUGCCUUGUAGUUCAACAUAGUUCCACCAGGAACAUAGCCUUGGUUUCAUUUUGCAACAACACAGAUUUAUGGAUUUAUAUAAUACAUGUUACUAAGUCGUUUGACAUUCUGCAUUAAAUCCAUUCUCAAGCUCAUGAAUGCACAUAUGCCACCAUAGCCCAUCAAAUCACAUUGUCUGGAGAACAAACCUUAGUCAAUAAAGUUUUAAUUUAGUACAAA